CCACGUGUAUUAUAUAUAUAAUAUAAUAUUCCACAGUAUGGCUUUAACUUUGCCUGUCUCCAUGGAGACAAACCAGAAGGUCAGAGGAGCAGAGGAGAAACCUUUUUUAUUUUGAAAGUCCUCACAGGAAACGCGCGUCUGUCCUCGUGCGCAGAUGUAAACAGCUGUGCGGAGCGACGCUGCCUCCGACAUCCUUUACGCACGAGCUCAGACGGACCGCCGCACCGAUAACGACACCGACACCGAACCUCCUCCGAACCUCCUCCGAACCUCCUCCGAACCAUCACUGUUCUGCGCUUCAUUUACGGACCUGACGUAAAUCUGAACAAAACUCUGCGCUUUUCCCCCGAGCGUCACCCCGGGUCCUUCACGCGCGCGCCUCCUCGCGCCUCCUCGCGCCUCCUCGCGCCUCCUCGCGCCUCCUCGCGCCUCCUCGCGCCUCCUCUUGUCCGGCUCCUGUUGAUGCUCCGAACCGGAAUUAUUCCCAUUUAAAUAAGUCGUUUACAAAUUUAGAACAUUUUGGGAUUUUGUCAUUUGGUUCUUGAGCAGCAGACCGGGCAGGUGUUGGCUCCGCUCCGGUUCUGUGUCUCCGGUUCUGCGGCUCCGGUGCUCCUCGUGUCUCCCCCGGGUGUCGGAUGUGUUUGUAGCCGGGCAGGACGUGAUGAACUCGGCGGAGCAGACCGUGACCUGGCUCAUUUCUCUCGGAGUCCUGGAUUCACCCAAAAAGCGCGUGUCCGACCCGGAGGCGUUUCUCCAGAGCGCGGUCCGGGACGGAGCGGUGCUGUGCCGCCUCCUGGAGCGACUCCGACCCGGCACCGUGGACAAGUUUUUCCCGGAGCCGCGGACGGAGGCGGAGACUCAGCGGAACAUCGCGGAGUUCGUGCAAAGCUGCGGGGGAUUCGGUGUAGAGCCCUUCGACCCCAGCGACCUCCUGCUGAACUUUCCCAGAGUCCUCGGCUGUUUGGUCGCUCUCAACAAGGCCACAGAAGACCCGGGACCCGCGGACGACGUGUGUGUCCCGCGAUCGUCCGCGCUGAGGAUCAAGUCUUUCGAUUCCAUCAACACCCAAACCAGAUCCUCCAAACUCCUCCUGCCCCAGUAUCGAAGUCUGGACAUGUCGGAGGGCAGUGGGGGGGGGCAGUUGUUGGUUAAAGCUCGUUUCGCGUUCGAACAGACGAACGAGGACGAGCUGUCGUUCUCUAAAGGCGACGUCAUCAGUGUGAGUCGACAGGAGGAGGGCGGCUGGUGGGAGGGGUCUCUGAACGGACGCACCGGAUGGUUCCCGAGCAACUACGUCCGAGAACUCAAAGCAGAUAAAUCUUCAGACAAACCGAAGGCUCUGAAAAGUCCCAAAGGAUUCGACAACAGCAUCAUCAGCAAAACCUACUACAACGUGGUGCUUCAGAACAUUCUGGAGGCUGAGACUGAAUUCUCCCGAGAACUUCAGAGUCUCCUGGGAACAUACCUGCGCUCCCUCCAUCCAACUGACAGGUUGAGCAGCUCGGACAUCAGUCACAUUCAGGGAAACCUGGAGGAGAUCUGCACCUUCCAGCAGAUGUUGGUGCAGAGUCUGGACCAACACACCAAACUUCCAGAGGCUCAGCAGAGAAUCGGGGGAUUUUACCUCGACCUCAUGCCCCAGAUGAAGCCUCUGUACGUGGGAUACUGCUCCAACCACCCCAACGCCGUCCAAGUACUCACCCAGCACAGUGAGGAGUUGGGGUCGUACAUGGAGGCCAAAGGAGCACAGAAUCCUGGAGGUUUGAUUCUGACCACGAGUCUGAGUCGACCUUUCCUCAGACUCGACCGAUACCCCACACUCCUGAAAGAACUCGAGAGGCACAUGGAGGAGCAGCACCCGGACAGGUCGGACCUUCAGGCUGCGAUGGCGGCGUUUAAAAACCUGUCUUCUCAGUGUCUGGACUUGAGGAAGAGGAAGGAGCUGGAGCUGCAGGUCCUCAACGAGCCAAUCAGGAACUGGGAAGGCGAUGACAUCACCACGCUGGGCCCCAUCCUGCACAUGUCCCCGGCGACGGUUCACAACGGACAGGAGUGGGAGGAGCGGUACAUGGUUCUGUUUUCUCACACUCUGCUGAUGCUCUCCCCGUCCCUGCGCAUGAGCGGCUUCAUCUACCAGGGCAGAGUUCCGUUGUCCGGGAUGCUGAUUUCCAGGAUGGAAGACGGAGAAAACAUGAAGAACGCCUUUGAGAUCACAGGCAGUUCUGGCGAGCGUCUGCAGGUGGCGCUGUCGUCUCCUCCGCUCCUGCAGCAGUGGUUGGACCUCCUCACCACGCACACUCACGCUCCUCCGGCCCAGAGCCAAGCGGGAAAACUCUGCUACACCCUCCCGUCUCUCCCGGCGACGCCCUCCCGCCUGUCGGACCUGCGCUGUGCCAACGGGCUGCAGGCCGCCCACACCCUGCCCCAGGCCGUCUCCUUCGGCCCGGCCCAGGGAGGAGGCACCGUGUGGGGGCCGCUGGAGCCUCCGCACACCCCCAAACCCUGGAGCCUGAGCUGCCUGAGACCCGCCCCCCCGCUCCGCCCCGCCGCCGCCCUCUGCUUCAAAGAGGACAUGAGCAAAAGUCCCAAAAACAUGAAAAAGCUUUUGCCCAAACGUAAACCCGAGAGGAAACCGUCCGAGGAGGAUUUCAGCGCCAGGAAAAGCACGGCCGCUCUGGAGGAGGACGCGCAGAUCCUGAAAGUGAUCGAGGCGUACUGCACCAGCGCCAAAACCCGACAGACGCUCAACUCCAGGUCGAGCAGGAAGGACGUUCACAUGCUGUUCCCAGAGGAGGAGAAGAUCAUCGUGGAGGAAACCAGGAGCAACGGACAGACCGUCGUGGAGGAGAGGAGUCUGGUGGACACCGUCUACAGUCUGAAGGACGAGGUGCAGGAGCUCAAACAGGACAAUAAGAGGAUGAAGCGGACUCUGGAGGAGGAGCAGAGGGCGAGGAGAGACCUGGAACGAGCCGUCAGACGAAUCCUCAAAAACCUCAACGACCCGACCUGGGACGAGACAAACCUGUAAAAACAAACACAAACAAACACCACCGUCACUUUCAACACCAACAUUUACACUUUUACACAGUUGUGACGUAAAGAGCAGCUCCUGCGAGAGGCUCCACACUGCCCACACCUCCCACCCAUUAAACCUGAUGCCCUCCCCCAAAACCAGCAGGGAUUUUAUUUAUUAUGAAGCGAAACCAAGAGCCAUAGAUUUAGACAGAAAUAUAUAAGGAACUAAACCAGGACUAAAACAAGACUAAAACAGGACUAAAAUAGGACUGAACAAGGACUAAGCCAGGACUGAACCAGGACUAAAUCAGGGACUAAACCAGAAAUAAAACAGGACUGCACAAGGACUGAACCAGGACUAAAAGAAGACUAAACCAGGACUAAAACUGGACUAAACCAGGACUAAACUAGGACUAAACCAGAACUAAAACAGGACCAAACCAGGACUAAACCAGGACUAAAACUGGACUAAACCAGGACUAAACCAGAACUAAAACAGGACCAAACCAAGACUAAAACAGGGACUUAACCAGGACUAAAACAGGACUAAACAAGACUAAAACAGGACUGAACUAGGACUAAAUCAGGUCUAAACCAGGUCUAAACCUGGACUAAACCAUGGACUAAACCAGGGACUGAACCAGGGCUAAAACAGGACUGAGCUAAGACUAAACCAGGUCUAAACCACGACUGAAUCAGCUCUAAACCAGGACUAAAACAGAACUGAACCAGGACUAAAACUGGACUGAAUCAGGACUAAAGCGAGACUAAACCAGGACUAGACCAGGUGUAAGUUCCAGUUUAAGCCAUGUCCUUUUGUGUGACUCGUCUUGUUGCUUUUGCUGAAAUAUUUCUGAAUCUUUAAACGUGUGAAAGUAGAAAAACCUCUGUGACGUCUGCGCCGUUUAGAAAAGACCAAAACUCCACUUUAGAUUUUACCCAAAACUCAUUUUUAAUCAAUGACCAAAACUGAGAGGAGAUGACACGAAGAAAACUUUAAAGAGUUAAAGAGUUAAAGAGGGGGUAUUCUCAUAAACACUACUUUUUUUGUAACUUCCUCCCAUGUUCUAACUCUGUUCCCUCAAAAAAAAAAAAAAAAAAACCUGCCUGAAGAGAUUUUAGACUCAUCCCUGCAUGUCUGAAUAAUCUAGUGAUCUCUCCUCCUCCUCUCACACAGGCUCCCACACGACAACUCCACACAAAUACACAAAAAAAACAUCACACAAAACUGAACACAACAACUUAUGUGAUGUGCGGGAGUUUCAUGAGUGGGACUAGUGCUCUGAAGGGGGAGUGAUUUAGAACAGGGAGCAUAACGUAUUAAACAUGUUACUAAGGAACAUGGAGACGUGUUACAGACGUAAAUACCCCCUCUUUAUUUAUCAGUAAUAAAACACCUUUUUUUUUUUUUUUUUUGGACAUUUUUAACUAACAAAGAAGCAAUUUUGUCUAAAUAUAAAAUUAAACGAAUGUAAUUUUUAACAAUAAUUGACGUUUUUGGUCAAAUUGAAACUCUAAAUGAAGUUCUUGUUGUAUUUUUGUUAUAAUUUCUUAACCAGUUCUAUGCACUGCUGCUCUAACAACAAAUAUAUAAAAAAUAACACAGUUUAGAUUUUAAAUAUGAGAUGGAAUUUCUUCUGUAGUGACAAAAAACCAGCUUUGUACUAACACUUUAUUAUAUUUAUGCAAAUGAUUUCACUUUAAAGGUUCUGUAUCACACAGAACAAGACUCUGUGAGGUUUAAGUCAUGUUCUAAAUGUUCCUGGUCACAAUCAGAGCUGGACUUGUGUUUGUUUCAUUCACAUGUUUGAGUAAAUCUUUAUUAUUCAUCUGUCUACAUCUACAAAACUCAAAACGCUCUGCUCCACCUUGUGAUGUCAUGAAGUGGUAGUUUUCAUGUGAACAGCUUUUUUUUCCUUCAGUUCAGUAGAGAUUGGCACUUUUCCAUGACUUUUUCAUGAGCUAAAGUGAAUUUUCCAUGACUUUCCAGCAGCUACAUGUGUAGAAUUGAUCAGACUUUUAGGUGUAAAUCUGAAAUGUUUAACUCUUUCCUCUCACUUUAUGGUUUGGGAUUAUAGUUUUUGAACAUUUUAAAUCCUGUAGUGCAUUUAUUUACUGUCGUCUCUUUAAACAAAAGACUCAGACGUUCACAAAUCAUCACAACAGACUCAUGAGAACUGAACACAACACUGGAGCGAAGGGAAAGAGACACUAAAACUCCAGGACUUUUCCAGGCCUGGGAAAUGACAUUUUCAAUUUCCUUGACUUUUCUACGAUUUCCAUGACCGUGGGAACCUUGGACUUGUUUAUGUGACAGACACAAGAUUAAAGACUUGUUCAUGAACACAAAAGGACAGUUCACACUUCAGACUGUUUCAGCUGUUUGUUUGGGUUUUUUUUUGGAACUUUGUAU